GUGCGCGGGCUACGAGCCCCUGGACCCGCUCUGAGUCCCAUGGAAGUAUGUGCGAGAAAAUGUGCUAAGACCUUCAGUGCCCUGCAGCCCUCUUUAAGGGCAUGAAAGAUGGAGCCUUCAAAUAUGAUAAUCCGGAAGCCUUGGAGAGCAAGAAAAACUAUGACGCAAAGUAGUCGAAAGCAAGUGAAAAUGCUGAAUAAAAUAAAGACAAUUUCAGGACAAGAAAAGUUUGUAAAUCUUGAGGAGGAUCACCCUGAUCAAUUGAACUCUGUGGACGUAAGCAACGGAAGUAACGAUACUGUAAAAGAAAGAUCAUUAUCUAAAUGUAACAUAACUAAAACACUUCCUGAAAAAUGUGAACUGGUAUGCCAAACAUUAAUGCUGAACCUUGAAACUGACCCUGUUAACCUUGAAGUAAAUACUGAAUGUUCUUACGAUAAAAAUAUUGAUCAAAAUAGAUGUAAAAAAGAAUCCCAAGAUCCUACCCCUGAGAAGUCUUGCAACAAAAUAUGUGAUGCAAAGCAGUUUGUAAGUUCUGGGUGUCUACAAGAUAUACUGGAUAAUUGGCAUGAAAAUGAAUUAACUUCACCAUCGUCCAAACCAAUUGAAGUGCAUCUUUAUUCAGAACCAAAUGGAUUACCUGUUGAAUUAAAAAGGAGCACUUAUUUAAAAGGCAAAGCUAGCAGUGUCUUUGAGAAUGAAAGAACUAAUGGUAUGAAUCCUGAUUUAGAAGAGACUGACACAAAAGUAGAAACAAAUAUUUCCAAAAAAUCUAUUCCCACUUCAGAAAGGACAGAUACCAUAGAAGAUUCAAAUAAACUAAAGCAUGAGAAUAAUAUUAGUUCAGUUACUCCCACACAGCUUGAGACAGAUAAAACUGAUUUUGAAAGCAAAAUGCCAUAUGGGAAUGGUAAUCCAAAUAUUUUUGAAGAUGAUAAAACUGAUCUUAAACUACGAGAUAUGUCACCUGAAUCUAAGUUUGACACUGUUCAAAGGAAGAGGUUAAGCUCAGGAAAUAAGGAAGACUUCCAGUGCAAACGCAUCAAAACUUCUGAUGAAAUCAAUGAAGAAAAUAUUUGUACAGCAUCAGUAAAGGAUGAGAAAAUAUGGGAAAAGGUCAAACUUUUGAUUUAUGAGCGGAUGGGUAUUUUAAAUGAUGAAUCCUUUAACCAUAAAAUAGAACGUUUAAAUGGAAGAGUUGAACAAACGCAAUGCCGAAGAAAACAUGAGGAAAUAGCUAUUACGUUCCUAAAAAAAAUAUCAAAGCUUGAGAGACGUAUUAAUGCUGUGAUAACAUUUCAGAAGAAAAUAUUGACAAAAAUGGUCACUCAUAAGGAAAAUCUUCAAGGUGCAAACUUGCAAAAUGUGAUACUAAAUCGGACCAAAGGUUCUCCAUCGCUUCCUGAUAAAAUCAGCGUACAGUCAGUUUCUCCAGUUAAAGCUGUACCGGCAGCUCACAGACAAUCUGAUUCUACUCCUGAAUUGGUUUCAGAAGAUGGGGAAAGCUCUGAUGAAGUCAUACUAAUUUCUGUGGAAAGCAAAAAUUCAACGGCUAUAACAACUACAAGCAAUUCAGAUACUCAGAAAAAAGAAACUUCUACGCAAGCAGCAAUAUCAGCUAAAACUCAGCUCAGCAGUAAGAUUGCGGAAAAAACCCCCAAAGUCUCCGUGAUUGAUCUAACAGAAGAAGAAAAGCACCACUGUAAUAAAGGCAAAGUAAAUGAAAAACAGAAAUCUAUGCUUAACAAAACUGUUUCAAAGCCAGGAAGUCCUAAAUUGAAUCGUCUUGAGCUAACAGAACAAACAUCAUGUCAGGCUCUUGAAGAGUUUUCCCAUCUUCCUCCAUUUCCAAGGAUACCUCCAUAUCCAAAACUUAUGGAUGAAUUCAAAGACACUCCUCCUCCUCAGAAGCCUGAACUAAAAUUGGCUCAGGUGCAAUAUCCAGCAGGUAUUGCACUUUCAUGGACUGUUACAGAAAUUGAUCCCAAGUGUGCACCUAUAGAGAGCUAUCACUUGUUCCUGUUCCAUGAAAGCUCUAAUCACAGAACUGUAUCACAAUGGAAGAAAAUAGGAGAAAUAAAGGCUUUACCCCUGCCAAUGGCUUGUUCUUUAUCACAGUUCACAGUAUUAAAGAAGUACUAUUUUACUAUACAGGCAAAAGAUGUUUGUGGACGCUAUGGACCAUUUUGUGACAUACAAUCAAUUACUUUGUUUCCUCUGGAAACCUCAACAAAAGAUUUAUAAUCUACCUCAAUAACUAUAUUAUGCAGUUGUUUCCAUUUAAAGUAUUAUAUUUGUACCUAUCAAUAAUUCAGGGCCAAAGGAUUAAUAAUGCUAUGGACGGUAUUCACUCAGGCUCUUUCCUAACUGUCACGUGUAUUAUUACUUAUUUAUAUUAUGGAUUUUGUUCUUUAAAUCUUCCAGACAUGUUUUGAGAAUCUUGAAAAUGAGAGGGGGUUUUUGGUAGGGUUUUUUUUUGUUGACUUCAGGUCUGUAUUUUAGUUGUUGUAUAUUUUGAUCCCUUAUUUCCAUUGCUUUCAAAGAUGAUAAUUAUGAACUGAAUAUACUUAGAAAAACUAGAAUAAAAGUUAAUAUCUGAUCAAAUUUGGGGUUUUGAUGAUGCUUGUAAAUCAUGAGAUGCGAAAUCUAACAUAUGACAGUACUGGGAGUUUUGCUUUUUUCCUUUUUUGUAUAUCUGGAAAAAUGGGAUUUGUUGUGUUCUUUCUCCUUCACUAAAUAACACAAGCUUACAAGAAUUAAAUCUUUUCUGAUACUGAUUUAAUUCAGAUAGUUCUACAGUACUAGCCUCCAGUAUAUGAAUCCUCUGACAGCUGCUUGUAACUGUGAAUAUUGCUGUGAUUCAAGUAAUGUUAUUUCAGUAUUACCACUCACAUAAGGUUAUUUAAUCAGUCUGCUGACUACUGAAACUUUUAGGGAAACUCGGUUAUAACCAAAAAAAUAGAAUAAGAUCUUUGUUUUCAUGCAUCUAAAGUAGGGGUCGGCAACCUUUGCGGGGGUAACAGGCCAAAUAACACUGUUCACCAGCCUUGACUCAACACUUCUGACCCAACCAUUCCCAUAACCACCACAGCCACUUCUCCUGGCCACUGCUGUGCAUGUUAGUUCUCCCCCCUAUUUCCACUUCAGAAGUUUUGUCCUACCCGCUUGCCCUCCAACUGAAAUUGCUGUCAAUAUCUAAGCUUCAUGAGCGGGAUAAAAUGCUUUAUGGGCUGGAUCCUGCUCGUAGGCUGUAAGUUGCCAAUCCCUGUUUUAAAGCAAGAACAAAGCUCUGGCAGGAAAGUCACUUAAAUUGAUUAUAUAAAUACAUAUUUUCUGCUGCUGUAUAAAUAUUCCCAUAUUUGUGCCUUCCGACUGUUAGUGGCUACACUUGCUUUUAGGUGCCACCACAAACCACCCAGUUAUAGUACCAUGAUACUUUUCAACAUUUUUAUAUUACAAAGAGGUAGGUUACCUGUUACAUUUAUUAAAGAUUGUUCCUGAACAUUAACUUACAAAAUGAUUAAAGUGUCAUAGCAGUUGCCUUUCCAAUUGUGUAAAUAUUUAUAAUAAAAGUGAAUUGAAAGUGAUAA